AUGAAUAUGUAAUGCACAUUAAACAAAGAGAUUCUGCGAUGUGAGACACCAUCGACAGAUGAAACAAAUUAUGAUAUCAUAGAAUAAUAAUGCUAUUUGUCAUAAAUAAUUGAAUUAAUAUUUGUGGAGAACUAUACAUACAAAGAAUUGCAGCAGUACUUUACUUACACAUUCUAAUAAAUAGAAUAAUAUGAUUUCUUUUUUGAUUAGAUCUACAAAUCGGUUAGGAUUUACAUGGAAGUAAUGAUUAAAUUUUAUACUAGAAAAUUCUUUAACAUAUUAAGUAAUUUUCUUAAAUUACAAAACCUAUUGAUAUCAAACAUCUUAAGGAUUAUGUCACCAUAAUUAGUGAGCUGGAAAAAUCUUAUAAAGUAACUUAGUUAAAACAUAAAGAAUUACAAGAGGUAGUGAAAUCAUUUUCACAAAAAGAAAAAAUUUCAUAAUCAAUUCAUUGUUUAAGACUCAUGAAAUACUCCUUUACAAAUAUAGUUUUGAGGAACAAAGAAGUAAAUGUAAGAAUCUGAUGUAAAAUAUAGGACUUUUUGAUUUCAUUGAAGUAAGUAUUAGAUAAAAGGUUCUAUUCAUAAACUCAAAAAUAUUCUAAAACAAAGGAACGAUUAUAGUUAUUUAUAUAACUUCUCAAUGAAAAAUAAUAGGAUUGUUUAAGCUAUUAUGAUGAUACAAAUAAAUAGAGACCAUCUAUUACUAUAAAUAAUACAAAUAAUAAUGAAGAUGCGCCUUAAAUUGUUCAAAAUACUAAUUUGGUACGAAAGAAAGUUUAAUAAGAAAAUAAUGUAAAACUAAAUGAAUAUAAAAAAUUUGAAUAAAACCUAGAAGAAUACUUUUAGGCAAAAGCAAAUAUUGAAAAAAAGGAAAUAAAUGUGUCUUAGGAAUGGAUAAAUCGAUUAAAACAAAAAACCAAAAAAAAAUGA